AUGGCGACGGGUCACGUCAGAGAGUACAUCAAGAGGGUUGCGUCCAUCGAUCAAGAAAUAUAUCCUAAAUGGGAUCUGACGAAGCCGCUGCCAAAGUUACCGGUGCCAGAGCUCCACAGCACCUUACAGAAGUAUCUGACCAUCAUUCGCCCAAUUGUGUCCACCCAACAGUACCUUAAAACCAAGGCCCUCAUCAAGGAGUUUUGUGACCCCGGAGAUGAUGGCGAGAUCCUGCAGGAACAACUGAAAUUAUAUGCCGAAUCCAAAGAGAACUGGGCGUAUAACUGGUGGCUGGAUGACAUGUACAUGAAGAACAGACUUCCUCUACCCAUCAACUCCAACCCCGGAAUGAUCUUUCCGAAACAACACUUCAUUGACCGCAGGGAGCAACUCCGAUAUGCAACGAGGCUUAUUUCCGGAAUACUUGACUACAAGACAAUAAUUGACGCGAAAGGUUUGCCCAUAGAUAGAGCCCGACACAAGGUGAAAGGUCAGCCGUUAUGCAUGGAGCAAUACUACCGUUUGUUUACGUCGUACCGAGUUCCCGGCGUCAACAAGGACUGUCUUAUCUCCAAUACCAGCAAACUCAUGCCGGAACCGGAACAUAUCAUUGUCAUAUGCAAAAACCAGUUUUUCGUCUUGGAUGUCGUCAUUAACUUUACCCGUCUAAGUGAAGACGACCUGCUCACACAACUGGACCGAAUUUACAAGAUGGCGGAGGAAGUGACUGACGCUGAGCCUGUUGGGAUACUUACUGCAGCCUACAGAGAUAAGUGGGGUGACGCCAGAAUCAAGCUCAUGCAAGACUCUACAAAUCGUGAUUCAUUGGACGCCAUCGAGAGGAGUAUUUUUAUAUUGUGUCUGGACAGUUCUAUACCCAUCUCUUUCAACCACCAAAACAGUAUAGACGAGACAAAUCUCAACAUCCGGGACGAAGUGUCUCUGUUGUACCAAAUGCUCCACGGCUUUGGAACACAACAAAACGGGGCUAACCGCUGGUAUGAUAAAACUAUGCAAUUCAUCAUCUCCCAAGAUGGUGCCUGUGGUUUGUGCUAUGAACAUUCGCCAUCAGAGGGUAUCGCUGUUGUUCAGUUGAUAGAACAUCUAUUACGCUAUAUGGAGGAAGUUCGGGUGCAGAAACUUACAAGGAUGCAGUCGAUUUGUGAGAUCCCUUACCCCCGGAAACUUAACUGGAAAGUUUCCGAAGAAGUGCACCAGCGGAUGGAAGAAGCUUCAGCUCAUAUUAAUAGACAGAUUGAUGACUUGGAUCUUUUUGUCCUUCGUUUCGAGAAGUUUGGAAGAGACUUUCCGAAAUCUCAGAACAUGAGCCCCGAUUCCUUCAUCCAGCUAGCCCUACAACUGACCUAUUAUAAGGUCCACCAUCGCCUGGUGUCCACAUACGAGAGUGCUUCCACACGGAGAUUUCGGCUUGGAAGAGUUGAUAACAUCCGGGCUAACUCGCCUCAGGCUUUGGACUGGGUAAAGGCCAUGGUGGGAGAAACAGAAGUGCCCGACUCUGAGAUAAUACGGCUUCUAAGGAAGGCUAUGGAAUGGCAGACAGAGACCAUGACACAGACUAUUCUCGGACAUGGUGUAGACAUACACCUUCUUGGUCUUAAGGAAAUUGCGCUAGAAACUGGGCGGGACGUUCCGACUAUUCUAAAGGACGAGAUUUUUCAGACAUCCAACCAUUUCUCCUUAUCGACCAGUCAGGUACCGACGACAAUGGACGCCAUGAUGUGUUACGGACCUGUAGUUCCGGACGGAUAUGGUGUUUGUUAUAAUCCUCACCCAGACAAUAUUGUUGUAUGCGUGACAUCUUUUAAAAGCUGUAAUGAAACCACUUCAGACUAUUUUGCAUACACGCUUGAGAGCAGUUUCCUACAAAUGCACGAACUCUUGGUGAAGGUUACCGAGGAGCCGGCCGUGAAAACCUGUUCAAGGAGUAACAGUAUCGAGCGACGUAAUGGCGACCUUUCAAGGUCAGAUAGCAAAAACGGAAGUCCGAGGAGAUCAAAACUUGUGCGCCAAAAACGUGCGCAAAACACAAAUCAAGACACUCCACAAAAUGGAUCAAGUAAUUGA